ACAAAUGGUUUCCGUUUCGACAAUAACUUAACUCUGGGAUUAAAAUUGACUUUGAACGAUGUAGUAACAUUUCCUGGUAGUAAAACAGAGGCAAAUCUAACUAUCAUCGGUGAGCUAGUUUGUCUAAUCUACAAUCGUAAUCCAACCACAAUGAAUGCUUGUAAAACUUCAUCGGUGAGGAGAAUUAUGAAAAGUGUUGUCGUAAAGGUUAGAAGGUCAACAACUGAGGAAACAG